CGGCACGGCCCGGUCUACACAGACUACCAUGGACUACAGUGUGGAUCUAUGUUAGAAGACGCGUCGACGGCAGAUCGUUUUCGGUUGCCCCGAUUAUUAUUAUUAUUAGUUACAAUACUUGUCUUUGCCUUGAUAAGUGCGUUGCAGAAGGCAGUGAAGGCUGGCAGUGGCAGUGACUGACUAUGUGUGUGAUGUAAUUGAUGUGUGUUCAUGCGAACUCAUUGGAUCAACUCCGCGUUCCAACGUCAAGUACUCAACUCAGGGAAGGAUGUGGCAGAUACGCAACUGGCGGUAAAGCCACGCAACUCACGAACGUUCCCGUCUGGAUUGGCCCCCUGGUGGCAGAGGAGUGGGUGAACUGUUCCGCUCGGCGAUCAACAAGAUUUCUCCGGAAUCCUCUAGCCCCAACAAGCAUGAGCAUUGCUGGCUGACUCCUGAGAAAGAUGAGGCGCUUUCGAAUCCUGCUUAGCGUGUGCUGUGCUGUAAGCCUGUUUGUGCCUGCCACUGCGAGGCCCCUACAAUCAGCCGCCAAUGAUCCCGAUGAAGGCGCACUGAUGACGGGCACUCGGCACCAGAAGUUUGUGAAGACGAAGAAGUGCCGCUACCACUUCCAGCAGGCGCGGACCGAGUCCUGUGAACACCACAUGUGCACAGUGGAUCACUCUCUGUACGAAGCACACGGUGUCUAUCAUGAUGUCCUCGAAGAUGAUUCGGUGUGCCACAUCACGGCGCCCGCAGGAGUUACAAACCUGCGCAUCCUGUGCCCAAACCCAUAUGCUGAGAAACCGGCCAACGAAUCCUGCCAGGAGAACAAUCCGCAUGAUGCUGAUACAUGGUGGGUUCAAGAUCGACAUAAUCGCUACAUGGAGCUAGAACUGAGUAGAAACUCGGUACCUGAUGAUUUGUACGGGGCUGCUUGGGAAAGCUUCGAUCGCUGCAGCUGCAACGUCAGCGGAAGCGGCCUGCCGGAGUUUGAGGACGAAUACUCCACGAAAUGUAGCAACUCUCUUCUCAUACACAUGCUGAACCGGACCACAGCGGGACGGUAUCGCUGUAAGUACUAUGCGCCAGGAAACCAUCUCGAGGCCGCCGGAUUUCAAGACUUUAUCGUCGACAUAAUUCCCGACACGUGCAAGAUGUGCAACGACCACAGUACCUGCCACCAGUUGCCCAUUUCGAGUGUGCUGCAGACAGCGUCUCUGACGUCCUCAAGCCAGCAGGCAUACGGCGAUGGUUUUACUGCCGACAGGUCGUACUCUGUGAAGUUGGGCCAGCCAUUCUGCCUGCAUGUCACGAAACCUGCAGAGAUCAAAUUCCAUCCGCUGUGGGACUAUGCCAUAGCUCAGAACGAUUUGCAUCCGAUCCGGCUGAUGGCGCCAAACCUGGAGCACUCCCGCAUCAACAUGGUGCCGUACGCCAGUAUCCAUGGAGAUGACAACGACUGCCUGGUGAUCAACACGAUGAUGUACAAUUUGCAAGGAGAUUACCUUGUCCGCCAGCAAGGUGGAAUUUCAGAAGACCCGCCAUCGCUGGUCAUUCGACUUAAGGCUGACGAUUCCCCGCCGUCGCCCUGGACUACUGUUCAGCAGGCAGCGAUCGGGGGACUGGCUGGUGUUGGUCUGCUCGUGACGGUCUCUCUAUUCUUAUGGUGGAGACUUAGUAAGCGAACAAACGAGUACCGACUAGUUCCAGUUGGAGAUCAAGUCCCUCCCCAUUCUCUUCCACCAUCUCCAGCUCAAGCUGAGACUGACCCACCUCAGUCCACCACCACCAGCAGUGCCCAUGCACCCUAUGCGGGCAGUGAGUACGGCGGUUCCUCGGGCGGCAGCUCCCGCUAUUUGCUUACAGAAGGUCGAAACCCGGGCGACGGCGACAGCCUGGAUCGAGACAGCAUCCUGCCGCCACCCCGGUCUAGAGCAUCUACACGAUCAAGCACUGCCAGUCAACCGUACACUGUGCAAGAUUCAAAUGCUCCGAAGCCAAAUGCGAAAAUUGCGGUCGGUGCACCAGGGUUUGUCCCAUCCGGCAGAAGUGCAGAGACAAGCUUCUCUCAACCGCCACAAGAUGUGGAUCCAAGUCGGGGACUGCAACGAGGGCAGGAACUUUCCACUGACUCUGGGAACGGAGUGGAUUCCGUGAAAGUCAUUGCUCCGAGGCCGAACGCGAGAGACUCCACAAUCAGCGUGGGAGACUGCGGAAGCAGCCGAACUUCAUCUAACGCAAGCGCAUAUAGUGGUGCCCACUUUACAGAUCACGGGUCUUCAAGGGGUGGCAGCCGACUUUCAUCUAACGCCAGCGCGUAUAGCGGUGCCCACAUCACAGAUCAUUUGUCUCCCAGGAUUCGGCGACAGUCCAAUCUUGCCGGACCCAGCAACCAGAGCUCUCUGGAUCGCACCGGUGACCACUCCACCUUGCAUUUUGAAGGCAGCAGGUCCGGCUCAGAGGCCAGCCAAUACCGGGACACCAGGAAUCCCUCAAGAUCACAACAGAGAGUGAACUU